AAACAACUCCAACAAACAAUCCUAUCAAACAACUCCAACAAACAAUCCUAUCAAACAACCCUAUCAAACAACUCCAACAAACAAUCCUAUCAAACAACCCUAGCAAACAACUCCAACAAACAAUCCUAUCAAACAACCCUAUCAAACUACUCCAACAAACAAUCCUAUCAAACAACUCCAACAAACAAUCCUAUCAAACAACCCUAUCAAACAACUCCAACAAACAAUCCUAUCAAACAACUCCAACAAACAAUUCUAUCAAACAACUCUUACAACAACAAUUGUUAA